AUUUUACUAUGUGUCCAGAGUCCAGAUAUUUUAAAAUUUGUCCAGAUAUUUCUAUUUUUUCCUUUUUUAAGGAUAUUUAAAAAAAAAUGUUGGUGCUAAAGGAAACAAAUACCAAACUCUGUACUGAGUUCAUUUUCGGUAUUGAGUACUUCUUAUGUACAAGUACUUGUUAGUAGUAGUAGUAGUAGUAAUAGUCGUAGUAGUAGUAGUCAGUAUCGAUACUUUUAAGAAUCGGGUACUGUCGAUACUUUUCAGCAUCGAGUACUGAGUACUUUUGGAAUCGAUACUGCCCAACACUACUCUGAACAUCAGCUGCUUAUAUUAAAUCGAAUUUUGCAAGUAAGCAGUAAAAAUGCCAGAAAGCAGCGAUGAAGAGCAGCCAUCAAAAAAUAAGAGAAGAAUGGUAACAUUUUCAGACAGUUGGACAAAUAUUCCAGAAUAUUCUGACUGGCUUCAGAAGAUUGAUGAACAAACAGCACGGUGCACAUAUUGCGUAGUAAGCUUUUCAAUAAAAUAUGAAGGUCUUAGUGCAUUAAGAAAACACUUUCAAUCAAAAAAGCACCAAACUAUAAAAUCGGCGAAACAAAUCGCUGGCUCUCUAAGCAAAUUUACUACAAAAUCGCAAACGCCGGCAAGAAACUUAGCUGCACGAGCUGAAGUAGCAUCGGUUUUUCAUAAUGUAAUUCAUGGUUUAAGUUACAAUAGUCUUGACUGCCAUUUGAAAGUUUCUCGCAAUAUAUUUUGUGAUAGUAAAAUUGCUGGGGAUAUGUCAUGUGGUCGUACAAAAGCUGCAGCUAUAGCACGAAACGUAUUAGCACCAUACGCUCAACAACAAAUUGUGAUUGCUAUGCAGAAGAAUGUUUAUUUUUCCAUAGGCAAUGAUGCUUCAAGUAUUGGAAAUAAAAAGCUAUAUGCUUUGACUGUCCAGUAUUUCGAUUCGAACAGUGGAAUAUGUAAAAAACUUUUAGAUUUUUACGAAGAUUUUGAUGGAAAAUCGAUUGCCAUAUUUGAAAAUAUAAAGCGAAUAAUUGAAAGCAAUGGCCUGGAAAUACAAAAAAUAUCAUCUUUUAGUGCAGAUAAUGCGGCAGUCAACUACGGCAUCAACAAUUCCGUUUAUCAGAAACUCAGUGGACUUAACAAACAAAUAUUGAAAGCAAAUUGCAACUGCCACGUUAUAAAUAAUUGUGUGAAAUUUGCAAUAAAUGCUUUAUCUGUUGAUAUUGAAAAUAUAGUGAUCAAAAUAUUUAAUGAAUUUAGCAGUUCGGCGUUAGCUUCGGAAAAGUUAAAACAGUGCUUCGAAUUCGCUAAUUUGCAAUACAAGGCUCUUCUUCGUCAUGUACCAACUCGAUGGCUUUCCCUGUUUCCUGCCAUAGAACGCCUCAUUUUAAACUGGCCAGCAGUCAAAAGGUACUUUCUUCUAAAGGGCAAAAAAGCUACACGAAAGGAAUUAUGGGCCUUUGUUUCUAAAAAUUUGCCAGAGUCAGAAGUUAUAAACAUCGGUGUUGGCGCUAGAAAGCGACAGUUCUACAAUUGUUGA